AAUCCGAGAAGAGAGCGCGGUGGAGAUGGUAUCGGAUGCGGAUCUCGUCGGCCGGCUGCGGGAGUUCCUGCGAACCUCCGACCUCUCGACGACGACGAAUGCGAUCGUCCGGCGACGCCUGGAGGAGGACUUCGGCAUCGAUCUCUCAUCCAAGAAGGCCUUCAUCCGUGAACAGGUGGAUCUUUUUCUCCAGUCGGAGCUCAACCCUGAUGCCAAGAACGAGGCUGAAGAGCCGGUGAAGGGGGAGGAUGAAGGGGAUGCUGAUGGAGAAGUAGAUGAAGAGGAGGAGGAGGAGGAGGAGGAGGAGGAAGAGGAGGAGAGCAGUCAUGGGAGGAGUGGCCGGAAGAGAAAAUCUAACAAACUCGGUAAGGAAACUAAGAAGAGGGGCGGUGGUUUUACAAAAGUCUGUAGGCUCUCCCCACAACUUGAAAUGUUUAUUGGAGUCUCUGAAUUAGCCAGAACAGAGGUUGUUAAGAGACUCUGGGCUUAUAUUCGGGAAAACAAUUUGCAAGAUCCAUCCAACAGGAGAAGGAUAUUAUGUGAUGAGAAAUUGCAAAACCUUUUCAAUGUUAAUGCAAUUGACAUGUUUCAAAUGAACAAAGCAUUAGCAAAGCAUAUUUGGCCCUUGGAUUCAGAAGAUGGUCCAGCCAAUUCAACUCCUAAAGAAAAACAGCAAAAGAAACAGAAAGAUGAAGCAGGUCCAGCUGAGUCAUCUCAGAAGGAAAAGCAUCAUAAGAAGCAGAAAGAGGAAGAUUCUGAUGAAUCACCACCAAAAGCAAAAGGUCGAAAAGGAGGUGGUUUCCUCGCUCCACUCCAACUUUCAGAUGCUCUAAUUAAGUUCAUUGGUACUGGAGAAAGUGCUCUAUCAAGGUCUGAUGUUGUGAAGAGAGUAUGGAACUACAUAAAAGAAAACAAGUUGCAGGAUCCUGCUGACAGGAGGAACAUCAUAUCUGACGAGAAGCUUAAAGAACUGUUUAACGUCGACUCGUUCCAUGGUUUUACCGUUUCUAAGUUACUGACAGCACAUUUUGUAAAAGCCGAAGACUGAUGCAGAAAAACUGGUAAAUUGGUAACACGCAAGGGCAGUUCCGGGCAAUUUUGUUUUGAGAAUGUGUUUUGCAAGCUUUCAUAAUUAACUGUUUUAUUUAACUGUCUUGUCUUUCUAGCUCGAUCGCCUUCGGAGAAUAUCAAGAAGAUGAAAAUGAAAUUUUUUUGUUCAUUUCUUUUAUCUAAUGCAUUCGCGUAAUA